CUCGUCUCAUCAACGUUGGCCGUCGCAUGAUUCUCUCACUAGCUAAUCAACCACCUCUAGAUCAUCCAGGACUUUGAGCAUCUAACACCGACGUCGUCUUGCCUGCUUGGACUCAUCUGGAAUCUUGCACGUCCAAUUCUACGGCCAGCCCGGAAGGGCCACGGCUGCGCUCGUCUUUGACUGCCUUGGAUCUGGACAAGACUCAUUUCGUAAUUGCUAGAGUCUCUGCGACUCCAUCUGGCGGAUAUGGCUCGAUCAAAUUUGCAUUCCGCUUUGCUGGCUGGGCUCUUGAUCACUUUAUCGUCAUUCGCCCUUCUGUUCUCAUUCGGCGGCUCCGGAUCUACUACUUGGCUCUGGAGCUGGAAGGGUCCGUUACUUGGCACUGGCACAACCUAUGCUCCUCAAAAUAAAGGCACACAAUAUCUUCUGGGAGUCGGCAAGGCAGACAUCACCGGGCCAGUGGUGGAGAUCAACUUCAUGGGCUACGCCAACACCAGCCAGGUUGGGAGCGGGCUGCGGCAGAGAUUGUACUCGCGAGCAUUCAUCAUUGGCCACACGGACGAUCCAACUCAGCGUUUCAUCUACCUCAACCUCGACACUCAGGCAGGAGAUACCGCCGUCCGCUAUGGCGUCCUUGAUGUCCUCUCUAAACUCGGCGCGGAGUACUCCGUAUACGGCCAGCACAAUGUCGCCGUGGUGGGCACGCAUUCCCACAGCGGACCUGGAGCUUGGUUGAAUUAUCUGCUGCCACAGAUCACCAGCAAAGGAUUCUACAAGCCUUCUUAUCAAGCCAUUGUUGAUGGAACAGUGGCUUCGAUCAAGCUAGCACAUGCCAACCUCGCACCUGGCCACCUCAGCGUAGGCGUAAUCCAACUUGAGGAUGCGAAUAUCAACAGGAGUCCAUACGCAUAUCUCCAGAACCCUGCCGAGGAGCGGGCGCUAUAUACCAGUAAUGUGGACAAGAACCUCACCCUUCUGCGCUUCACCCACAGCACGGAUUCCGGGGAGCGCAACAUUGGGAUGCUCAAUUGGUUCGCUGUCCACGGCACGAGUAUGCUAGGCAACAACUCGAUGGUGACAGGAGACAACAAAGGCGUCGCCGCGUGGAUGUUUGAGCAAUCGAUGAAUGAUCCUACCUUCGUCGCCGGGUUUAGCCAAGCAAAUGUGGGUGACACCUCUCCGAAUACUCUCGGUGCAUAUUGCGAGUAUGGUCCACAAGCCGGCGAGUCAUGUGACUUCGAGACGAGCCUUUGUAAGACUUCAGGAGGCAAGAAUGCUUCUCAACCGUGCCACGGUCGAGGACCAUAUUUUGGCCUCCACGACGGCGGCGCAGCGUCAAAUUACGAAAUCGGGAGGCGUCAAUUCGACGCUGCAAAACGACUGUUCGACACUCCCUCGGCAUUCACACCCAUCACUGGGAACGUUGUCAAAAGCUUGCAUCAUUUCGUCGAGUUGAGCAACUACCGCUUUCCCUUACCAAACGGAACAAUGGUGAAGACCUGUCCUGCUGCACUCGGCUAUUCAUUCGCAGCCGGAACGACAGAUGGGCCUGGAGCCUUCGACUUCAAGCAAGGCCAACCUAACGAUCCUCAUGCCAAUCCAUUGUGGUCGGUAGUCGGUGGCGCGCUGCAUAGCCCCAACGAGACUCAAAUCGCCUGUCACGGCGUGAAGCCGAUCCUACUAGAUGUUGGCGAAACGAACACGCCAUACCCCUGGUCACCCAACAUCGUCGACAUCCAGCUGUUCCGCGUGGGCCAGUUGUUCAUCAUCGUCUCGCCGGGCGAAGCAACGACCAUGUCCGGCAGACGCUGGCGAAACGCAGUCCACCAGCACGCCGCCUCCAACUUCACCGACAUCACCGACGCCGGCGUGGACCCCGUCGUAGUCCUCGGCGGCCCCGCAAACUCCUACACCCACUACAUCACCACGCCAGAAGAGUACUCGGUGCAACGCUACGAAGGCGCCUCCACCCUCUACGGCCCACACACACUCAAUGCCUACCUCAACCUAACUCUCACCGCACUCCCACACCUCAGCACCAACACCUCCCACCUCCCGCCCCUCGCCCCCGGCCCUUCACCACCCUGGCUAAUCGAAAAAGCCCUCACCUUCAUCAACCCCGUCAUAGUCGACAACGCCGGCUUCCUCAGGUCUUUCGGCGACCAAGUCACCGCUCCGAGUACAGCGUACACUCCCGGCGCGAACAUCUCCGCCUCUUUCGUCGCCGCGAACCCGCGGAAUAAUUUCCAUUUGGGCGGCACGUUCGCUGCUGUCGAGAAGUUCGAUUCCGAUACGUCGACUUGGGUGCAGAUUCGAGACGAUAGUGAUUGGAGUCUCGUUUUUCAGUGGAAGCGAACGUCGACGGUGCUGGGGACUAGCGAGGCGACGAUUAGUUGGGAGACGGAGUGGGAGACUGGCGCCUGGAGGCCGGAGAGUGGUGAUGGUCUGCUAAAGGCGCAGGAGAAGGAGCGAGAUCUUACUGAGGAGAAGACUGCUUCGCUGCAGGGGCGGUAUAGGAUCAAGUACUAUGGCGAUGCCAAGUCUCUUGGAGGGACGAUUACGCCGUUUGAGGGGACGAGUGCGGAGUUUACGAUUUCAUGAGCAUGAUUGGAAGGUGUGGUGGUGU